AUGACUUCUCAGAAUGGGAAUGGUAUCGCAGGCAAAGCAGAGCCGGUGCAAAGGGCCGAAGAGGCCGACGAUCUACUCGGAACCGUCAAAGAAUACAUAGUCGACUUCAUCCGUGAAGCGGACGUCGAUGCCCAGCACAAAGAGGCCUAUGGUACAGCAUCGAAGACUUCUGCCAAUGGUUCAAGGCCACAGCUCCUUGACUACCACUCGCCCAAGGCCCUACAGCAAGCCCUUCAAUUCCAACUCCCAGAGCACGGCCUCGGACGCGGUGGCCUCAUCUCGAUGGUCCAGCAGGUCCUGAAGCACAGCGUCAAUACCUGGAACCAAGGCUUCAUGGACAAACUCUACGCCUCUCCUACCCCCGUCGGCAUAGCAGCAGACAUGCUCCUGGCUUCUCUUAACACCAACGUGCACAUAUACCAAGUCUCGCCCGCUUUGACGCUUAUCGAGAAGGAGACAUGUCGGGCAAUGGCUUCGAUGUUUGGGUUUGAUGGACCUUUUGCAGGCGGUGUUUCGCAGAGUGGGGGGAGCGCGGCGAAUCAGACUUCGAUGGUGAUUGCUAGGAACAAUCUGUUUCCGGAGACGAAGUCGGAUGGGUAUGGCGGGAGGAGGUUUGUGCUGUUUACGUCUGAGCAUGGGCAUUAUAGCGUUGAGAAGGCUGCGCAGAUGUUUGGGUUUGGGUCGAAGGCUGUGAGGAGUGUUGCUGUCGAUAGCAGAGGAUGUAUGCGUGCGGAUGCGCUGGAUGCUGCUAUCAAAAAGGCGUUGGAGGAUGGCGAGACGCCAUUCUACGUCAACGCCACCGCAGGCACGACGGUUCUCGGCUCUUACGACCCCUUGGACCAGAUCGCCGACGUAUGCCAGAAGCACAACCUCUGGCUGCAUGUCGACGGCUCCUGGGGCGCCUCGAUAGUCUUCAGCGAAAAGCAACGACACAAGCUGAAGGGCAUCGAGCGAGCGGACUCGAUCGCCAUUUGUCCGCACAAGAUGAUGAACGUCCCCUUGACCUGUUCCGUACUACUCGGCAAAGACCUCCGCCAGUUCCACAAAGCCAUGACAUUGCCAGCGGGCUAUCUCUUCCACAGCAACGGCGAUGCCGACACUAAUGGCCACGGACCAGAAAGCGACGAGUUCUACGACCUAGGCGACCUCACACCUCAAUGUGGCCGACGAGGCGAUAGUCUCAAACUCGCGCUGAGCUGGGUCUACUACGGUACUCAAGGCUACGCCGCGUAUAUUGACCAUGGCUUCGAGAUGGCUGGGUAUCUCGCGGACAUGAUCGUGGCGAACCCGAAAUUCAGCUUGGUGUCUGAGAACCCGCCGCCGUGUCUGCAGGUUUGCUGCUACUUUGAUAAGCAGAGUGGUGAGGAUGCUGAGAAGAGGAAUAGUCGAGUCACUGCGAGGAUUAAGGACGAGUUGGUGCCUCGAGGAUUCAUGAUAGAUUAUGCUCCUGGAGAGGAGGGAAGCUUCUUUCGGGUGGUUGUGAAUGGGCAGACUAGGAAAGGGACCGUCGAUGCGUUGGUUAGAGCUAUAGAGGAGGUUGGAGGGAGUGUAGGAAUUUAG